AACGUGGGAGGAUGUGCAAUAUUCGUCGACGCUAUCGGAGAUUAUCUUGUUUUUGUCGCCAUAUAUGUCAGACCGAUAACGCUUUGAUGGAAAAUUAGUUCGAUUUUAUAGUUCAGUGUGAGACACAAUGUAAAAGCGUUUGUCCUGUCCAUACUUGAGCGAUUAGAGCCGCAGAUAGGUAGUGCUCUGUCACUCAUUGUCACUGAAACUACAGGCGACAACAUGGAUGAACACUAUGUAAGAUUCAACUAAUGUUUCACGCAGAGCGACAAAUGUGAUGGGUGCCGAUGCUAGCAAAAACAGCCAGCAGUACACAGGGUCGAAGGAGCAAUCACAAAUAUCCAGAUGGAGGGGAUUUCUCUCUGCUGUGGGUAUUUCUAUCCCAGCUGGGCUCUGCAGAAUCAACCCAUUACGAAUCGGAUCACAUAGAAUGAUUUGUGACAAAGAGCCAUCCAUUCCUGAGCACCUGGUCUCCUCAUUACCGGGCCCUGAGAAACUCCGUAUGGAAUGGAGUUUGCCAAGCUUUAUCAACAUGUUUCUUCCUGAAUUCCCUAAUCGCAAUGUCCCAGGACAUGAACAUUUUCAGGUCCUGGGUUACAUAGCGAAAGGAUCUUUUGGUCCCAUUUUAAAGGUUAAGGAUAAGUCGAAGCAAAAGACCUACGCAGUUAAGGUCAUUCCAAAAUCUGAGAUUUUGCGCUUGGGAGUUUUGGAGCAGUCUAAGGAGGAAGUAAUAGUCCAGCGUCAGGUCCGCCACCCUUUUGUCCACGACCUUCAGGACUGCUGGCAGACCCAGCGGCACAUCUACAUUAUGUGUGAUUACUGCAGCACGGGAGACUUGUACACAUACUGGGUGAUGAUUGGUCAGUUCGGAGAGGAUGUAGUAAAAGUGUUUGCUGCUGAAUUGGGUUCUGCCUUAGGGUUCCUUCAUGACUGUGCAAUCAUCCAUCGUGAUGUGAAGAUGGAAAAUGUCCUUCUAACAGAUCAGGGCCACCUACGACUGGCUGACUUCGGUUUGUCCCGGCGUCUUGAGCGUGGAGGAAGGGCAUUCACUAUUUGUGGAACAAUUCAAUACAUGGCUCCUGAAGUCCUUAGCGGUGGUCCCUACAACCACACUGCUGAUUGGUGGUCUCUCGGUAUCCUCCUCUUUGCACUGGCCACUGGAAAGUUUCCCGUAUCUCCAGAACCGGAUCACUGUAGCAUGCUGAGGAAGGUACGCAGCUUCCCUUAUGAGAUGCCACGAAAUUUCUCUCCUCCAUUUGCUCUGCUGCUUACAGAGCUUCUUUGUAAGACUCCAGCACGUCGCCUUCGGACACUGGAACGCUUCAAGCGCCAAACCUUUUUCCACGGCACGUCAUUUGAUUCCCAACUGCUCCAAAAGACCCCCAUGGAGCUGAUCCUGGAGCUGAAGAACCGGCCUGACCGCCUUGCCAAAGCCCGUCGAGGCCUGACCCUGGAGCCCUUCGCAAACUUUGACUGCGACUUUCUCUUAACCUCACCAUGCACACCCACAGUUCCAGACCUUUCCCCAACUCUAGCCAACAUGGAGCGGGUCGAAGCGCUCAUGCAAAGCCAUGUACCUCAGGACGAUGCUUCCCAAAGAGAAGUGUUUGUUUAACUUUUUAAGCCAGUUUUGUCUGGGGGUUCAAAAAUCACACACUUUAGGGUGUGUUUACACUUGACAGGUUUGGUUAAAUUAAAAUGAACUCUGGUGCGAUUGCUCUGUUAGUGCGGUAAAAAUACUAUCAUAUGUACGCACAUACAACGAGCGCAUUUAGCCCAGCACAUAGCAUUGUUAUGGAUGUUUGGUAAGUUCCAUCACAAAAUAUACAUCAUUAAAGUUGUUUUUUGUUUUUUGUAUCUUAGGUUUAUUAUUAAAAAUGACAGUGUGAAAGCUAAGCAAACCAGGACUAAACGUAUCAUUUUCACUUUUUGGUUUGGACCAAAAGAACCUAGAGAACCAAACUACAAGUGUGAAUACACCCAUAGAAGCAUGUGGGGGAAGGUGAAAACCUUAAUAGUUGGUUGUUCUUCCAUGAAGGAUUAUUGUUAAGUGUAUUUCAUUUUUAUUGAAACACUCUAGCUCUUACAUUGAAUUCCUUACCUUUUGUUGAGACAUUUAGUGAAAUGUGGUUCAUAGUUCCUCAUAUCCUUUGACGUUAUUUGACUAUUUUGUCUUUAUUAAUAAGCCAGCACUGCAUUUUCUUUCAACAAACAUACCAUAAAUUCACUUCUUCUGAUGUUUUGAAAGCUAUGCAAACCCUCAGGGAUAUGCUUUAAUGCUAAAAGGACCAAAUCAUCACUCAUUUCCUAACUAUUAAACCUAAGCCUUGUGAAAAAGCAUUGUUCAUUGGAAAAUAGUAAAACCCCAAAAGUGGCCAUCUAUACUUUUAUAUGAAAUAAUAUGCUUAGCACUGUUCAUUUUAUUUGCAUAAUGCACUUGGGACUGAAUGGGAAAGGAACUUUGGUUAUGUGUUAUACUAAUUUUCGCAUUGGCUUUAUUGUUCCUAUUGUUAUUUUAUCCACUGCUGUGGGCCUGGUUGGAUCAGUGCCCAUGUAUGCAUGAAUAACCUUGUCUUCCUGAGAUGACAGUUCUUGUUUUACGCCCAGAAUGCCUGACACCAGUGAUCCUUUAUUAAAUACUAAGCAAAGAAAAAGGGAAAUAA